CUAAAAAGCCGUAUGCAAUUCGAAACAAGUAGCCUUCUGGGGGGAAACGCGCACAACGCACAAGGGUCGGUGAUGGUCGAUGAUCAAGCAGUGAAGAACAGUCGCCGUGGCCUGCGACUCCUUGUACCGAGAUUCAAGCUCCGAUUCGGACUCUGCCGGCCAGCCAUGACACAUGCAGCCAGGCUCCGUCCCAGUCACCCGGACCGUCGAAUCGCCGGAAUAGGAAAUCUUUAGAUCUCGUCAACGCUCCCGGCAUACUCGAAAGCUCAUCCCCUCCCUGGCCUCCUCAAGACCCUCGAAAUCAAGGUAUGCAUGCUUCCAGGCCAUUUUGGAGACCUUGAAGCCUUGCUGUGUGAAUUUAUGAAGAAAUCUUGCUCGAAAUGCUGGACGAACGAGCUGGAUGAUGCGGGACGUCCUCAAGACCGAAGAACUUGUCAUUCCCGAGGGUGUUGAAGUCAACAUCAAGUCCCGUCUCAUCACUGUCAAGGGUCCUCGGGGCACCCUCACGAAGAAUGUCCGUCACAUCGACAUGGACAUCCGGUUGCUGAAAGGCAAGAGCAACAAGGUCACCCUUGCAGUUUGGCAAGGAGGCCGUAAGCACGUUGCUUGCCUCCGAACGAUUAAGAGCUUGAUCGUGAACAUGAUUACUGGUGUCACCAAGGGAUUCAAAUACAAGAUGCGUGCUGUCUACGCCCAUUUUCCCAUCAACUGCAUCGUUCAGGAUAAUGGAGCGGCGUUGGAGAUCCGAAAUUUCUUGGGCGAGAAGAUCGUCCGACAUGUGAACAUGCUUGAGGGUGUCUCAGUCAGCGAGUCGAAAGCGCAGAAGGAUGAGCUGAUUAUCGAGGGUACCGAUAUCCAAAACGUAUCACAAUCUGCCGCUUCCAUCCAGGGUAUGUGCCGAGUGCGGAACAAGGAUAUCCGUAAAUUCUUGGACGGUAUCUACGUCUCAGAGAAGGGCACCAUCGACACCGAGUAGACGGUCUCUUUCAUUGUGGUCUUGGGUUCUCCGCUCUUCUCGUUUACCCCCAAAACUCCACAUGUUUCCAAACAUGGUCAAUGUCGUCUAUGUAUAUGCUUUACUACUUGUAAGAUCCGUCGCAGUGCCCAUUCACAGACUGGUACUACAUUAUGGAAUGAAGGGUAUCCUUGUUCCUACUUGUGCCCUAUAAUCGACAUAGGCUUGCCCAAAGAAUCGCACGAGGGCUACUUCCUCAGCUGCGAUUGGUCGGCGUCAGGACCUCAAAGAAACAUUAACAAGAAGGAAGAAACGCACGUCCUAUUCUGUGAUAGAAGAAUCGCCAUAGGAUGAUGGCGAAGAACACGAAGUUUGCAGGAUUCUGCAAGAGCAGUUGUGUUCCUAAAGCCCAAUAGAAGAAUCCGGCGUACGAUGGAUGUCGGAACCAUCUGAAUCGUUUGACCAGUCAGCUGCAUAUAGAGCGCACGUCGUGCGACGUACGCGUAAAUGCCGUCCGUAACAAGUCUAUGCGAGUCCAGCUUUCUGAACGCAACUUGAUGAGAGAAACUCGUUGAGGCAUGAACCAUGGCUGCAGAUCGCAGUGCCUGUCCGAUUAUAAGCAAGACAAGG